AUGGUUUACCGCAUUCUUGCGUUGCUCCUGACCUCUGCCUUGAGCGGCGCUUUUUACCUACGAAUUAAACGACCUGUUCAGCAUUCCACUAUAUCGUCCAUCCAUUCCCUCCUGAAGCCCGCUAACGUUCGUCUGGCUUCACUCCUAUAUGCUCGCGCCCGUCCUAAUGAACGCCUUAUCAGGGCUUUCGCCCUCACCAAUACUUUUGUCAAAGACGACGAGCUUUCCCAUGCGCGAUUCCGAAACAGAGCACAGGGUCUUCUUAAUAAGGCCAGUGACUGGCAUCGUUUCAAACGAAUUGCAGACUAUGCAGUCCUGUCGUCUCUCCCAUCCACCGUAGUCCGUGUUGACACGUUCGUACAGGCGGUGACGUUACGAGUAAUCUUAGUAGGCUUGCUUGGCACCGAAGACGCAGAGGACGCCUCUUUUCCUCCAUCUUCCAUCGAGACCGUUUCAUCUCUGAUCACAAAGCUAUGGGCUCUAUCCAAGCACCCUAAACCUAUUGAUCCCACCCUCUUACCCCUUCUAAAGCGACAUCUACACGUGCUAGUGCCAGAUACCGACGCCUAUCCCAACCCCCUGGAUUUCGUUAUACCUACCUGGGAAACGACUGUGGCGAGUCGUCACCACGACGUUCGCACACAACUGCAUGCGAACCCCUGCAUAACCCAGUUCCGCUUUCAUGGCUGUGACCCAAGUGCGGAGAGUAUCAUCACUGAGGCAAUGCGUCUUCAUCCCCCAUCCAAACACAUCUCGCGUUUGGUUUCGUCUCUUCCCUCGUUCUUACCCCGCUGGAUGUCGUCGCGCUUCUUUGAGACGCUCCACGUUGCGGAUAUUUGGGCAGUGCAUUACUCUCCAGCCAUCUGGGGGUCUACAGUCGAGACGUUUGAUCCUUCGCGUCACACGAUGCGUACGCCAGAGCAGGAGGAAGCCUUUCUGGCCUUUGGUUAUGGCAGGCUACAGUGUGUGGCCAAGAAUUGGGCACCGAUGGCUGCUGCAACUAUCCUGUCAUCCAUCCUUGCUGGCGUUGACGAGAAUUACCGGGUCAAAGCAGGAAGAGGUAUCGGAGGAAGGGAUGGCUGGGAUGGCUGGGAGAUCGUAGCGUUGACCGCCGGUCUCUAA